AUGACGCCGAUAGUUGCGGACAAAGCUCAUGGUGGUGGAAAGCUGGUUGCAUUAGAGGGGAACAUAAACACUAUCACAACUCAACUACGACUCCUUCCACAUUCGCAUAUGAUUCUUAUUCUUGCACCGCUCGAUCAUUAUUUAAGUGAAGACCACAAAAGAGAACCAUUUGAGGCUCGAGCAUUCGUUCGCGAUGUUCAUAUUGCGCUCACGCGACGAAACGAAGUAGCGAGGUCAUUUUUACGAUCAUCUCAAUCGAAAUUGGCAUUUUUGAAUGGCGGUAGUGUUAGUGCGCGAGCAAUAUGCGUUGCUAAAAUAUCUCAAAGGCUCACAUAUGGAAAUUUCGCAGAAGCCGCGACAAUCUUCCAUGAUAUUGUCAAGGAUGGAGUAGCAGGCCUUUUUGGAGGUACCAAGUCUUCAUCCCCUUCCUCGAAAUCUACACCUAUUCCAGAGCCGGCAAAGGUAACAGCUAGACCUCGCGCAAAGCUACCAAAGAAGUUGGAUUUAAGAAGUACAAAGAGCGCAGCGACAUUGAGUGGAAAAGACCUGCCGGAAUGUGAGAUCGACAUGGAAGGAAAUGGUACAUCUGGAGCUCGAAAUCUGAGGCGAAGCAUGGCUGAUAGUGGUCCUCAAAUUAUACAUAUUCCUGGAGAAUCUCGGACAAUCACAUCAAGACGAUCGAUGCGGGAAUCUCAGCAUGGAAGCGAUAUCGUGACAACAGUCGUUUCAAUACCUUCUGAACCAAGGACAAGUCAAAUCAAUGGAACGCGUUGUCGGCUGAGCCAAUACAGCGGUACAUUCGGACCCCGACCAUCAUCAAGCUCAAAGCCAUCUUUUUCUGUACCGAGAAGCAGAUAUUCAACACAACCAACUACGGACAUUGACGAAGAUGAAGAUUACUUUGAAUACAUUUCGCAAGAUGAUGACAACUUAUUUUCUUCACCUAACGUUGUUUAUGGUGAGGCAUGUGUUGUGGAUAUGCAAUCUGCUUUACCAACACCGACAACGCCAAGCUGGACCAAGUCUAUCGGAGAUCUGUUACUUCAAGAUGAUCCGAAAACCUCGCUCUAUUUCAAACAUGCUGCCUCAACAAGCGAUCUGAGGAGUUCAUUCAAUAUACCCAGAAGGAGUUUUAUGAAAGAUUCGACUUUUGAGCAAUUGCCAAAAGCAGCAUUUGUCAAGGCGUCUAAAACGACCAUUAGGAGGUCUUUGACUCCAAACACUCCGAAUUUUAGAGAUUCGAUACGAUCAAACUCAAAGGGUGUGUCUCAUGCAUUCAAGGGCUGUGGUACUGAACUUGAGGAAGAGGAUCUCGAUUUAACUAAGCCGGUAUUUGAUAUCGCUGAGGAUUUAAUCAUUCAUUUCACGGAUAAUUCACCAAUAGAAAUUAGUCGAUCAAUAUCAGAGUAUAGGAGUGGUAAUUUUCCAAUCUCUUCACCACUUCUACCGAGGCCACUGCCAACCCCUCCUACCACAGCACCUAUGGCAACUGAAUCCUUGAAUUCAGGACAAUCUGUAAAUCAAUGGAGACUUAAGACCCACUCUGAUUGCCCAAAAAGCAUCGAAGCUGAUUCUUAUUUCAGCCAGUCGCCGGUUCAGGAAGAGAUAGAGCGACAGAAGGCAUUUAAUAGGCCCCUAUCAACAUCCGCAUCAACUACUUUCUCUAUUAACAAAGGCACGGCCUAUAAGUUCUGCGAAUUUCCAGGUGCAUACAGCAAUAAGUCAAUUGAUAUCCAAAAUGAAUUCCGCUCUUUUUUGAAUUUUCAUUUUCCAGAAGAGGCCAAGGCGCUCAACCAAUACCAAAAUUCGGUAAUGUUUGAGUCGGGUCCAUUUUGGAAAGAUAUGUUCAGCAACGGUAGUUCAACAUCUUGCGAAGGACCUGAUGUGGAUCAAAUCAUAGCAGUUGGAUGUGAAAAGGGAAUAAGUGAUGUUUUCUCCAGUCAGCUUCUUAGGCAAGUCGAAAACAUUGGCAUCAAGAAAAGUGGUGAGAGUCGAAGCGGUCGACUUGAUCUUAGGUAUUUGGACUUCAAUUUUUCUGAUUGCUCUAGUUUAUUAACAACAAUUAGAUUCCUAAUCGCAAGUGCUAUGCAAACUUUCAUGUCUCAACCUCUAGUUGCUCGCAAAGAUUUGGAUCCCAUGGCCGACCCAAGAUUACUCGCCGACCUAAUUGUUCCACAUCUCGAAACAUACCUUGCUACCAAUUCCAUGGUUCGAUUUCUAAUCCUCAGCUUCCCAUUUGACCAAAUUGCGACAGUCAUUGCUCUUCGGAGCCUUCUAGGUUCAGAUCUUGUGAAAGUUGCCGGAGUUUUAGAUACCCUUUCUUCAGAUCCUCCUUCAUUUGCUAAACCUCCGCUUCCUAAAUUUCAUUCUUCGCAUCAUUCAUUUGACGCCGCUGUCGCUACCGAUCUUCUUAAGCGUACGGAAUAUCCUCAGCGAUACCCUCUUAAAUCCUCGCUUGAUGCAUUGAGAGAUGCCGACCCAGAAACGAUACUCAAAAGAUCUUCAUCAUCCUUCUCCCUGUUCAUCAAAGCCGACUACCACUUACCAUCUACCGCUUCAGGCUCCGAAAUACAAAAUUUCUUAACCUUAAUCCGCAAAAAUAUGGUCGAAAGAUUCUCCUGGUAUAGUAUCGAACAGGUCUUCCUCCGGCCUCUCCCAAUACCAAGCCAAACAAUUAUCAUGAAGGAUGCAUCGACCACCACGGAAGAGCUCUUGCGUGCAGAUUCCGACACAGACAUGUCACAAUUUAUUACCGAACAAAAUUCAUCCAUAACUUCCUCCUUAUACGAUAGCGAUUUAUUAGACGCCGAAAUCCUACGCUUACCUACACAUCUAUCCACCCGCCCAUCUUAUUUUCCAGCUAGUAGCCGAGCAACCAGUCGUUCAAUAUCCCCAGCGCCUGCUACUCCUCCUCGCUCAUCUUCGUAUAGUGCAGGCGGCUCCACCAUUCGUCAUAUUCCCAUCGCCAUCGAACGACAUUCUAUAUCCCGCGACGCCAUACGUCCCCACGAUCAAAUUUUCCCACCACCUCAAACCCAAACCCAAACCCACAUCCAAGAACAACAACAAGAAGCAAUAUACACCUACGCCCACAGCACCACAAGCUCCACCUCAGUCCCCCACCUCGACCGCACCCACUCAGAUGAAAUCAGCGUGGACACCUCCGAAGUCGACCUCGAAAUCGAAGUAGAUAGCGAAGAUGACGCGUACGAUCGCAUGGUAAUGGGAUGUUAUUCGCCCAUGGGUGCGAAGAGGAGGAGCACGUUUCUUCAGGCGAGAUUUGGUGCUUAUGGUGGAGGUGGGAGUGGAAGUGCGAAAGGAGAGGUAAAGGCGAGGGCGAAGGGGAAUAGUAGGAAGGCGCUUAAGUGGUUGGGAUUGGCUUGA